GGCGGUCAGUAGGUGUCGCUAUCACGUUGCAACACCAUCUCGGAUGCAAAAACUGGUGAUGGGCGGUGAGGUGUUGCAUAUGAUUGUGUGACUUUGGGGAAAAAUAAACAUAAUCUUCCAUGAACCCUCUGCUCCUGCUACAGCAAAAUUUUGAAGUGCCCAUGCGAACAUGCAGAGGUACCUGUGGCCUGGUUAUGAGGUGCAGCUUCUUGGGGGGCUGCAGAGACAACAGAACAGUGCCCAGUUCUGUGACACCCUGCUCCAAACUGAGGGUAUCUCAAUCCCAACCCACAGCUGCGUCCUUGCAGCUCUCAGCCCGUACUUGUCUCAGAAGCUUUCAGCCUCCCCCUCACCUCCAUCUGGACAGAAGCGUCAGCUCCAGCUCCAGACCGUGAAGGCCCAGACUCUGCUCAAGCUGGUUGGUCUGCUUUACUCUGGUGUGCUGGAGGUAAAAGGAAACAAUGAGAAGAGCGAUGUGCUGGCUGCAGCCCACCAGUUUGGAAUCACAGACCUUGUACGAGGACAGAAGGGUGGAGGGCCGAAAGAAGUCCAGGAAAGGAGGCCGAGUCUUGGGAAUUGCAGAGAGAGAUGGGGAAGCCUAAAAAUACAGGAGACACAUGUUGAGGCUGAGGUGGCUGGCACGGGAGAGGAAAAUUCACCAGUCAGAAAGAAAAUCUGUGUGUCUGUUGGCACACAGACAGUAACCAUUGUUGAAAAUUCAGUGGAUUUUGGAAAUCCGGAGCCUGCCUCCUCUGUAGCUCAAAGCCCGGAUGUUUGUGUCACUGUUCCACAUCUCACGCCUCGCCCCACCGUUCCCAGUGAUGGAGAGUCUACAUUUGGCCAAACUUGUGACAGUGUAACGAAUCCCACAUCCACUUCAUCUUUUUCCAUUGACACGGUGCCUUUUCCUACCAUCCGUAAUGAUUCCAGCUCCUCAGAAGCUCAGGACGACUGUUACCAAGAGUCAUCCGAGUCUGGAGACGGCGUCCGCUGGUUGGCCAGAGAAAGGGCAGGAUUGGAGGAUGGAAAAUCAAACGGCACGGCAGCUGAGAAUGAAAGAAAUGCAGAGCAGCCACGACAGGUCUGCAGAGAUGAGAUGAACAAAAAACAAAACUCGAGUGAAAGGAGUCCUUCACAAUGCAGCACAGCGGUGAAAGAUCUAACCAAGAUGAAGGAGAUGAUGGAAGACGCACAGAUAUCCAUCAAGGUGAAGCUGAGGAGAAGAACGACAGGAGAGAUGUGGGAGGUGGUGAAGGUACAAAGCCCAGAUGAGACGUCAGUCCUGACAUCACUGACUCAGCCACAGACAGAUGCUGAGGAACUCGAGCCUCCUCCCUCCCCUGUCCACCCAUGCCCUGUUCAGAAACCAGAGAUCCAGAACCUUCCACCUGCUGUAACCAGCUCUCCCACACAACCAGAACAACACCACAACACCACCUCUGAAUCCCAGUCUUUAUCCACCAGCUGCUUCACCUCAAACCCCAACAGUGAGGUUGAAUCAGCGCCGGCGCCUCAGCCGCAGGGCUCUGUGGACGAGUGUGACGAGCAGAUAGAGAAGCUGUUAGAGGACGUCAUGAUGAGCCUGAACAUCCUGCCCAACUUUGAGGGUAACUGUAAGAAGUUGGAGUCGAGCCACAAUGUUUGCCGAGUCCCAGUUUCACAGGGUGACGCAGCCCAGAGUCGGAUGGAUCCUGUUACCAGUGCAGCAGAGUGUGCUUUCUUCCAGGAUUUGGAGUCACAAAGCAACCAGACGUCAGUGGAUACAGGUAUCCAUUGUUGUUUUGCAGGUCCAAACCAGCCCAAGUUAAUCCAGCAGCAGCAGCCGCCGACUCUCCAGUGCAACUCAGCUGUCAGAUCUUUAUGGCAAAUCGAUGGAUUGAGCUGCCAGGGUUUACCUCCAUUCAAAAGGAAAUAUUCUCUGUAUCCGGAAACACCCACAGGCUCAGUCCUGUCUUCAGCUUUCUUCACCAGAGGCCAGAAACUCCAUUACCCAGCAUUUCAGCCACCAUCCUCACAAGAUGAUCAACACAGUCUCGAGUUUUUACCUCUGCCAAAUGGAAAUGGGACACAAUCUGAACCCACUUUUUCCUCACCUUGCAUGGAUGACUUGCGUCUUCCUCAGCGUCUCUCCCCAUUAGAGCCAAGCACAUCUGCAGCUAAAGGUCAGCCUCUACUCAACAACUCGGCAAACCCCAAACAGGGUGUCCAGCAGCAGCCAUCCUUACGUAGGAGACCCUGGCUCUCGGACAACGCUGGUUUACUGCAGUUUCCCUUUAGCAGCAUCAUUUGCAUGGGUCAUAAAAAUACAUCUCCGUCACCAGAUCCAGAUCACAGCUGUCAGUCAAAGCAAGAGCAGCAGGAGAAGGAUUCACAUCUAAAAAAUGGAGGAACUAGUGCAGAAGGUUGCAAAGGGAAUAGCUUGAAAGAGAGAGGAAAAAAAUCAGCAGCAGAAGUAAAAUCGUACUCCAGGAGGCUGAAGGAGAGUUUCAAAUAUAGACAUGAUGACACUACAGGAGACGGGAGGAAGAGAAGGCGCACAAAUGAUCAACAAGACUCCACCGGUUCUUGUUCUGCGUACAAAGAUUUAAAAGUCAGUGAUGGAACAAAGGAUUGUUCAGUGAGUUUGUCGAGUAACAAUGUGCUAUUGAAGGAAAGAGAAGAGACUAUCAGGUCUUCAAACGCACCAUCUGGUCUUCCAGGGAAACCCAGUAAAAUGUCGCCCGUCAUUGACAAUGGGGGAGAAAAACCCUUUGGCACCAAGCCGUCUCGGAUCAGGACCAGGGCCUUUAUAAAAAAAUCUCAAGAGGCAGCAAAUAACACAACCCCACCUGAAACGCCUUGCAUUUUCAAGCCUGUUGUCAGCAGAGCUCGGCUUGUGAAUCAGGAUGGCGUCUUGCAUGCGAAAAGGAAACGUGGUAGACCCCGAAAAAUAAGACCUGUAGAGGAAUCUUCAGAAAGUGUUCCUGCCAUUGUUGAAAACAAUGAAAAUGGCGACAAUGCGCAGGUUGACAGGAACUUGCCAAAAGAGCAGGAGGAGAAAAAAAUGGAGAAGACGUGCAGAAAACGGAGGAGGAAUGAGAGCGAGGUGGAGGUCAGCCCAGUGAAGAAGACUGCGAGUGUCGAGCACACUGAAAAGGCUGAAGAAAUGAAUGCCUGUGACGUAAAACCUGGGACAGUGAAUCAGCGGCACAUGGUCACUCUGAAGGACAUUCAGAAGCUUAUUAAAUGGCAACACGCACGAAGGAUGAAGUCCAAACAGACCCAGGAAACACAUGAACCUGUAAAAGGCACAGAUGGCAUAUUGAAGAAAGGAGCAGACAUUAAAGACGGGACAAACUCUGAAGAACAUCACAAAGGUUCAAACAUCGCAGUUGAUAAAAAUCACAAUCUUCUUUUGAGCCCGUCUGCAGAGACAAACGGCCGUAUGAGCGAGAAGAGGAGUUUGGAUGGUGAUGAAGACCACCCGGUGUCCUUAGACGUUGUGGAGGAAGAUGAAGCCAAGGUGACAACGGAGAGAGAGCGACCACUGGGAAGACCUGAUGAAGGACAUCGGCCCUCGAGGCCUGGAGUUCCCCACCCCUGGUCUAGGUGGAUGGACUGUGAGAUCAGUGGCCACUCGACUGAGAUGAUGCUGGUCAAAAGCUCACUGCUGGCUGUAGAGGCAGGUGAUCAGUUAUUUAUCAUCGGAAAGUGGAAAUCGGAUACAACAGGGUCUCCAUUCCUCAACGAUGACUGCUCAUCUCACAGUGACACCCUCCUGCCUGAAGAAAACACAGCUUUGGACUUGUUGCACCCCUUGACCGUGAAGAUAACCAGUACAGACAAAAAGGGAAAAGAGGAGGAGGAAGAAGAGGUGGAUGUCCUGGUUUGCUCCCCAGAAAAAGCACCUCAGACCAGAGAGUGUGAGGGGUUCCUCAACAACAUAGACAUGACUCCGAAUGAAGAUGAGGAAGAUGAUGUGAAUGAGAUUGACGUGACUGGAGACGAAGCAGAGUAACGUCAUGUACGUGUGUGUAUUUUUUACCCCGUCCAGUGGUCGGCUCUCACUCUAAUGCUGUCUCUGUUCUGGUUGUAUUUAUGUUCACAUGUCACAUGAAGUUGCGUAUAAAGAUUCAUUUUUACAUUCUUCACUUCAUGUUUGCACCACUUUGGGUUUUCGUUUAGUUCCUUGUGUAUGCGGUUCAAAAAGAUGUUUAAUUUCCAUUAAUAAUAUGCUAAAGAAAAAGUUUACAAUAAGUUUGUUUUGUCAAUUUUAUACAUUUUACAUUUUCAGCGAAAUUGUCAGAUGAAUAGAGGAAAAGGCACUUGAGUGGCCUUCAGUGAUGUCCCUCUGUAUGUUUCCAAUGUGGAAAAGAUCUGUUGUUUUAAGUCUAUAUUUGUAAAAGUGUUUUAUGUACAUCAGUACAUAAUAUAAUUAUGGUUUAUUAAACGUUUUCAUGUGACA